UUAUUUCCUUGAGUACAACACUCUUUCUGUGUUUUUGGAUGAUUGCAUCAUUAUUAUUUUUUAACUUUUGUGCUAUAUGGCAGUUGCCCUUACAACAAUGCAGAAAUUUGUAUUAUAUUUUUGGGCAUGGUCUAUUUCCAUAUUACAAGGAACAUUACAUUCUUUGAAGAUUUAAAUAUUUAAAGUUUAGGAGUAUGCAUGGAGAUUUCAUAUUUAUUACAUUGAAUAGAGUUGCACUUUUAUGGAUUCAGCUAAGCACAGUAGCAUAUUAUCUGGUUAAAUCAUAUUGUUCAAGUUAUCAACGAACAUUGUUCAAUCAUUCCGUUUACACUUUAUUGUCGCCCAUAUACCAGUUUCCCUCUUGGUUCCUGGAUAAUCAGCUGGUUAGGUCAUAUAGUCACUAAAACUAGUUAAUUGACACCAAGAACAAUGGUAGGAAGGAUAAAUUUGCUAUUUUCCCUAGAGGAUACUUAUAUUUGUGCUAACCACAUAGAAACGAAGUAGUUAAUUGACACAGAGAACAAUGGUAAGAACUAGGAAGGAUAAAUCUAUAGAUCAGCUUUUUUCCAAAAUAUGCUCAAGGAAAGCACUGAAUUGUUUACUCUUGUUGUAUGCAUAUACAAAUUCUUGUCUUAUAUACGUGGUUUUUUUUCCGCAAAGAACCUUGUUCUAUCUCAAUCAUAUCACUUUUUACAGAUUUACUUACUAUGAUUGUGAUUACCUUUGAAGAUUCUACAAGCUUCACUGCUCAUUUUAUUUGGUGAAUUACUCUAAUAUGCAGAAGUUACUAAGAAAGUCAGGAAGCCCAAGUACUGGAAGCACCCCCCAACCGAUAACAGUGGCCCAGCUCAGGCAGAUGCGUGACGAGUUUUCGGACACGGCUCCUCACUAUGGUGGUCAGAAAGAAAUUUGGGAUGCCCUUCGAGCUGCAUCAGAAUCUGAUGUAUACCUUGCACAGGUUAUUGUGGAAAGUGCAGGCAUAAUUGUUUCUAAUGUUGAUCUGACUCUCUGGUAUGAUGAAAGGGGUGCUAAAUAUGAACUGCCCAAGUAUGUUCUGAGUGAACGAACCAACCUGAUCCAAGACAGCUGACAAGCAGCCCUAGAAAGACCUACUGACGUAAAAAAAACUGUAAAUGACUUCAAAUGCUAAAUUGAUCCCCUGCUUGAGUGUUCUGGUAAUUGAAGCACGCUUGAUGUAAGAUUUCAAGCAUGCUUCGGAAACUUUCAGCUUACAGCUCUUAUAUUGCUAGUAGCAUACAGUGUUCUCUUCGAUUUCUUCCAGUGUUUAGAUGAAGUUUUCCGUACCCUCCCUGUAUUGGUAUUGGUCCUGCUGUAUACAUGAGUCUGCUUAGAAGUAUUUGGAAUGAGUUAGAAUGCUGCUUAGACUAUUCUCGUUCCUUAUUGUGAUACAAGUUGGAGUAAGGUAUACAUUUCAGAAGAAACAUGCCACAUCUCUUUCAAAGAAUGAUGUUUCCAAUGGUGAAUGAAGUUGGUCUUGUAGCGUUGGCAGUCAUUAUCUGGUCUUGCAACGCAAAGUAAACGCAUGACGGGUAGGGAAUGAUGAUCGAAAUAUCUUAUGCUAGUUUUCCAUAUUAUGAUGUCCGGUGAUACUGGUAAUUUAUGAAACCAGGUAUAAUGUGGAGGUGGUAGUAAGACUGGAAUGUUACAUGUUCAUGACCUGAUGUCGAUUCAUGUAGCGGUGUGACAUGAAGUCUGAAGAAUCUGACCUGACUGAAGGCUUCCUCCGUGCCCCUCAUCAUUGCCACCAGGUCUGGAUCUACCUCACCAUCUACACUAUUGCUGCUUUUCAAGUUGCUAGCGACGGCGUUCCUCCUCUCGCAGAGCGCCGACUGGCACGCGGUGGCCGGAGGGAUGGGUAGUCCGGUAGACUACGGCCGUCUCUAUGCGAGUGCACGAAACAGCAAAGCGAAGGCUGCAAGUGCUAAAGAAAAGUUCAAGAAUCCAUCUGUAAGCCACAAUUUAAGUAUCUUAUGCUUCUGAACCCGGAAAAGCGUUCCGGUAAGGAGGGACGAAAUAAAACGAACGAAAAAUGUGUAGGAAACGGAUAGUAUGUUUUGAGUGAACGAGCCAAGAUGCUAAAAGAAUCCCCUGCUCGAGUGUCCUGAUAUUCGGAGAAUGCGUGAUGUAAAAGAUUUCAAGCAUAUACUUCAGUAACUGUCAGCUUGCAGUGUUCUUUCUCGACUAUUUUUGUUCCGGCGUUUAGAUUAUUAUUUUUCUGGUAGCCUCCCCUCUAUUGGUCCUACUGUAAACAUGAGUCCCUCU